AUGGCUUCCCUUAGCCUGACCCAAGAGGAACUCAAGGCAGUCGAGCAGUCGCGCCAGCGCCUCUCGCAGCUGUCCAACAGCAUCGGCAGUCUCAAGAACAACGUUUUCACCGGUAAUCCGCUUCCCAGACUGGAAUCCCUCCAAGCCUCGGCCGACAUCUUACAGCUCAACCUCCGCGCCAUCCUCGAGAUCGUCUCGCAGAACAACGACCUCUUUACUCGCGUCGCCGUACAUCCCUCGACCAACUUCCCCGGUCGCACCCAGGAGAAUAUCCUGCUGCAGCUGCUGCGCAAGAAGGCCGAGCCCGAUGUUGAGGACGCCAUGGAGGAGGGACGGAAGACGAUCGCGGCUCUCCCGACGGUGCCGACAGCGAACACGGAUCCAGGAAUGAUUGUGAAUGCGAACGGAACGGUUCCGUCCGAUCAGGACAAGGAGCGCGAGCUCGAGGACGGCUGGACGGGCACGCGCGAAGCCUGCGUGCAUCGCAUCAUGGACUACGCCUUGAAGGAGGAGCCCAAACCAUUCACGGCCGAAGAGCAGGAACUGGGCGUCGAGAAUGUGCGCACGGGGCUGCGGCGGACGUUUGACGACGAGUACGAGGAUUACGAUGACGAUGACGAUGAGGAUGAUGACGAGGAGGAAGACAGCGAGGGUGAUGACGAUGUUAUGGAGAUCGAUCGGCCGCCUCCGCCGCCUGCGCCUGCGGUUGUUACGCAUGAGAUGGAUGGCGCGACAUUGGAGAAUGUUAUGCGGUUCGCUGCGAGGGGCCAGUUCGUUGCUGGCUGA